GCUGUAGGUGGUACAGGCCGCGGAUAAAAGGAGCGGGCGGAGGCCACUGGGAUACUACUUUUGGUUUCCCGACUGCUACUGUUGCGGUCAGGGAGCACGCGCUACCUGUCUUUGUAGGCUUGGAGCCCGCCCUCCUUGCAGUCAUGUCCUCUGGAAAUGCUCACAUCGGAAAACCGGCCCCCGACUUCCAUGCCACUGCCGUGGUCGAUGGAGCUUUCAAGGAGGUGAAGCUGUCGGACUAUAAAGGGAAGUAUCUAGUCAUAUUUUUCUAUCCUUUGGACUUCACUUUUGUGUGCCCUACUGAGAUCAUCGCCUUCAGUGAUCGGGUCUCUGAUUUCCAAAAGCUGGGCUGCGAAGUCCUUGGUGUGUCUGUGGAUUCCCAGUUCACCCAUCUGGCCUGGAUCAACACCCCUCGAAAAGAGGGUGGCUUGGGUCCUCUGAAAAUCCCCCUGCUGGCCGAUGUAACCAGAAACCUAGCUCGAGACUAUGGGGUACUGAAGGAGGAUGAAGGCAUUGCUUACAGGGGCCUCUUUAUCAUUGAUGCUAAGGGCCUUGUCCGGCAAAUCACUGUCAAUGACCUGCCUGUGGGUCGCUCAGUGGACGAGGCUUUGCGACUAGUGCAAGCAUUCCAGUUCACAGAUGAGCAUGGAGAAGUAUGCCCAGCCGGCUGGAGGCCUGGAGGAGACACUAUCAAGCCCAAUGUAGAAGACAGCAAGGAAUAUUUCUCUAAGAACAACUAAGAAAGCUAUUGCUGUUGCUUUCUUUGCCCCGCUGGCAAACCUUGAUAUGUUGAAGGAGGCUUCUGCCCCUCCUGGGUAGUGGCCCUUGCCCCAAAUCCCCUCUUAGUCUCUUUUCCCUUUAGGGAGGGGGCAUGUAUAGAAGAGAAGAAAAAGGUCUACAUCUAAUAAACCUCUGGGAAAAUCAAACAUA